AUAUAUUAUUGGCAUCUGUAUGUCCUAUAUACAGAAUAUGUAGGCGGUUACAUCUGCACAGUAUAUCUGCCUAGUAAACCAGUCUAAUUAGCAAACCAACCAGACAGCCUGAACAAGCAGGUUAGUGCACUUUCAGGGUGAACUGAGAAAUGUUCAUAAAAAAAACAAAACAAACAGAAAGCACUCCUCGAUCAGUAACAUUAAAGUUUUUUUUAUGGGCUAGCACAGCUGUUGCAGGGAAGGGCAAUGAUCAGUGUUAUUCAAGUCUCACGGCACUUAGAGAAUACUGUUUUUAAUUGUGUAAAUAUUACAUGAAGAUACCGCUUGUAUAAAACAUGCACUGUAGCAAAACACGUGUUUGUUGAUUUUACGCAAGUUUGUUAGUAAUGUAAAAUGUUGUUUUUUUCUCUGAGUGACUCAUUGCUUGCUGCUUGGUUAUUGUCUAGAUUGAUCCUUCAGAUGUCAUAAUCCUCUGUAGCCGCAGUCUUCCCAUAUAAGCCUUAAUGUCAUGUGUUACAGCAGACCGGUCACUAGUGUUUUGGGAUGUUUGCCAUUAACAGGGCACUCACUAACAUUUUAAACUCUGUGAAUUAUUUCUUACUCAUCAUUUCUAGUUAACUAACAGUCCUAGGUAUGGAAAACUGCCCUGGGUCUUAUACACUGCAUUCUCAUAGCACAUAGACUUUGUUUGUACGUGUGGUUUUACUCUCUUCUGAAUCUAAUGCCACCCAUGACUAUAAGGAACAACAAAGCAAUGGUGUGACUGUACAGUCUGUCCACUUGCCAAUUAAGCCAGAUGUUUGAGAUAAUAAAAAUCCACUUUGCAAUGAAGCAAUCCGAGGCAAACAAACCCCAGAAGCCUGUGCAUGUUUUACAGUCUCCGUACGCUGCAGUCAUUUGACUCUUUCUUUGUUUUGCUGUUGUAAAUCCCUUCGCUAGAUGGUAGACCGUCUUUAAAGGCCAACAGGUAAAGAAGAAUUUCUAACUUGAUUUGCUGUUCUGUGCUACUGGGCUUUACUUUUUGUGUAAAGCUAUACUCUUAAAGAGCAUUUUGACGAUUUUGGAGGUGAAAGGUGUUUGUAUUUUAGCACAAGAAACAUGGUUCCAUCGGAAUAACCCUUUAAGUGUACAACAGUAUGUUUUGCAUGUCAAUUUUGUAGUUUUCUUAGUUCGGAUUUACAACACAUUACCAUGCUUUUGCUAUGCUUUUGCUAUGCUUUUGCUGUGGAAAACUUUUUGGCUGCUAAUUCUUUAUUGUAGUCAAUGGAGUUUGUUCACUUUAGGCAGCACAGGUCUAAGUCACCUCAAAUAAUUAACUAGGUGGGACUAGAGCUGAAUGCACGUUUCACAUGCACAUAUAUUGGGAUCUUGAACAGGCUGAAAGGGGGAAAUCCUUCAUAGUCCAAUGAAGAGCCCCUGGGAUUUGUGAUCAAAGCAGUGGUUCAAGUGUAUUUUCACAUUAAAUGGGAGGGUCUCUUGUUAUUUUGCUUUCAGUGUUAGCAGUGUACAAUGAUCAUAAAUUGUAUUGGAUUCAUGUUUUAUCAUGCUUUUGAUUGAUUGAUCAGAAGUGUGUUAUCAAAGCUUCACUCCAGUCUUUAAUUAACUUCUAUUUCCCUGACUAUUUCAUGGUUUCAUUAUAAAUGUACAUGACUUUGAACUGCUUUGAGCUUGUCUGGAGCAUCCUAUGUGCUGGGACUUAUCACUCUUGCUCAUUUCAUAUAUAAAUCUGUUCUUACGUAUGUUAUAACAGGCUGGGACCAGAGAUGAUUUGAAUGGAAUGUGAAAGGCUGUCAGUAACGGCAACUAGGAUUCUCCAGACAAGCUUAAAGCAUAUUUUGAAGGCAGGUAGAGACAGAAAAAUGAUAAUGAAAUAAAAUCAAUUAAAACACUUUAGUUGAGAGCCGUGAGCUUGUCUCGUUCACUCACUCCUCCUUCCUAAACCAGCGCUUUGCUCGGCUUUCUCCCCCUGCCUGGUCUCGCAGCCAGCCGGUGGAGAGGAUGAGGAAGGUGUUGCUCAGCAAGCCCUUACACUCAAGUUCCCAGGAGGUCAUGAAGGACCUGAACAAGUGGUUGGCUGGAUUCUUGGAGCAGGUCUGCAGCCUGGAGAAGAUCAACCAUGGGCUGGAGGAGCAGAUCUGUGGCUGGAUGAAGAGCCACACACCCCAGCAGAAGGACUGGAGCCAGGCAGAGAUGGCUCUGACACAGCUCAGGGAGGAAGUACACAGUCUGAUUGUAGAGAAUGCAAACCUGACCCUUCAGUUUGACUUCACCCACAUGGACCUGAACCAUCUCAAAACAAGGUGUGCCGCAGAAGAAUCCCGAACGAGUCUGAUGGAGGACAGGGUGUCGGCCCUGCGUAAGGUACAGCGCGGCCUGGAUCAGCAGAGCUCUGAGCUGCAGGGAGUGCUGGAGAUGAGGAUGGGGGAGAUCAGAGACUUGAAGAUCAAUCACAAAGAGGCAGUUCAAGCUCUGCAGCAGUCUUGUCUACUCGCUCCUGAUCUUCUGCUAGUGCUGUCGGAGGACGAUGGGAGUGGAAUGGAACUCUCCCGACUCCUCAAUGAGAUCAGAACGCACUACGAGAGCCUCCUCGUCAGCAGCAGCAGCAGCAGCAAUGGGACGGGGGCCGAGGUCGCGGGAAGCGCAGCCAUCACCCAGCUGGAGGACGAGGCAGCACAGGAGAGGAUGAGAAGAAAUGGGGAGGCCUUGAAGGAGGCGAGGGCAGAGUUGAACGCGGCUCGGAGGCAGUGGCAGAGGCUGGAGGUAGAGAUCGAGUCCCUCCGUGCACUGGAGAAGGGUCUGGAGAAUUCCCUGCUGGCCUCACAACAGCAAUACGAGAGCCAGCUCCACAGCCUGGCUGCUGUAAUCCAGGGGCUGGAGGCUGAGCUGAGGGAGAUGAGGCAGGACAUCGAGAGUCAGCGGCACCAGCAUGAGAAGCUAUUCAGCACCAAGGAGCGUCUGGAGAGGGAGAUCGCCACCUACCGCAGCCUGCUGGAGAGAGAGGAGAGCAGGCUCCAUGGAUCAGAUGCCUCUGGGAAGGCUUUGGAAUUUAGCCUCUCCGGAAAUUCUCCAGAAUCAAGAACCUUCACGAAUGCCACGGACUCACGUCCUUCCAGCCUCGCAAUAAAAUCAGGUCCCUCUGGGGAUUGUAGGAAACGGAACACCUCCAGGAAUGAUGGGGGCUACCCAGCCUUGAGGAAUGGAGUGCAGCCAAACACCUUGAAGAACCAUGUAGAGCCCAAGGCUCCUGAGAAUGAUGUGAAUAAGAAAUCUAAACCACUGCGGAGACAGAAAAGCCUAGUGUUACUUCCAGUGUUGGAUAUUGAGAAGGAGACGAGGAUCGAGACCGUGACCACCCAUGAGAUCCUGCAGGGCAACGUGGUGAGGGAGAGCGCGGAGGCCCAUGGCACCAUUGAGACAGAGAAGAUUGACGAGGUGAUAAAGGAGUGGGAGGGCUCGUUCUUCAAGGGGAACCCUCACCUGCGGAAGAAGUCUGUGUCUCUGCGCUUCGAUCUCCACCUCGCUGCGGCGGACGAGAGCCGUGCUCAGACCAAGGAGGACAGUGUGGCCGACGUGGAGGUCAGGCUAGUCAUGAAGAGGUCUCUAAGCAUCGCUACCAUCACCCCCUAACAACCAAGGGUAGCCUCCUGCCAUUGCUCUUCUCUGACAACCAGCACAGGAUCCAACACAGCAUGUGCACAGCCAGGUCAUUUUACAAUGGCAUUUACUCACCUAUCGUCAGCAUAACAACUGAGCUCACAUACAAGGUGUAGUGAUUACUUGCAUAUCAUUAUAUUUCUUUUGUAUAAUCCCCUAUACACCACUCAGUGGUAGACUAUAACACUAAAUGAAACUGGUUUAGAAGCCUUUAAAACGUGUGCUUGUUUCACAUGUAAGUACAUAUGCUGUGUUCCAUGCAAUGUGACUGUGUCCCGUAGGAGUGAGGGGUCACGAAAGGGGAAAGGAAAGCAAACUCUAAUAGUGUUGUGGCAGGAAAUAUGGACAGACAAAAAGAGUCAACAGCAAAACAACGAUGGUCUUGCUGAGAACGCUCUUAUGCUCAUGCAUUUUUGAAAAUGUUUUUUUUUUUUUUUUUGCAAGCCUUGGUUUGGUAGUAUACCACAAAGGACAUAAAUUAUCAAUAGACACACUUUGAAGCCUGCGGUUCAAAUGCAAUGCACUUCUACUGCGGUUGUUUUUGAUGGGGGCGAACUGAAGAAAGCCUUUACUGGUUUGCUCACAUUGGAUUAGGCACUGUUCUGUACAAGUGCUCUAAAGUAUACUGUAUGUAAGUUAGGCUAGGCUACGACAUCAUAGUUUCAGUGUUGCCAUAGCAAAUCCGUAAGAGGAAUGCUUAUGACAUCAUAAUACAGUAGCAUGGUACCUAAUUCCUAAAUGCUGUUGGAUUAUGGUAUUAGUACCUGAUCCAAUGUAAAAUGUACAAAUAAGCUAAAGCUAAUGAUACAAAAGUUGUAAGAACCACCCUCCCUCCUUUUUUGUGAACCCUUAAGCUAAAGGAUUUGUACCAAAAAACGGCUUUCACUUUGUUACAAAAGCUUCCCAUAGUAAAAGCAUAGCAAAGUGUAGUAGAGCACAGUGAAAGCAUGGUAAUGUAAAGGUAACUGUAGUAAAGAAUGGCCAGGCAUGGUAAUGUAAAGGUAAUGGUAGUAAAGAAUGGCCAGGCAUGGUAAUACAUAUUAAUAAACAGUUCAAACCAGGGUUAAUAUGGUAAAUGCAGAGUAUAACCAUGGGAAAACUGAGAAAACACCAUUGCAAAAUACCAUGGUAAACUUUUAUAAGGACUAACCAUCAGAUUUAUUUUACCUGUGCUAGAGAAAAUGCCGGGAUUUUUUUAAUGUUUUAUUUCUGUUCGCAAAAUAGUUUUUUUUUUUUUUUUUACGACAAAUAGACAUUAAUAUAGUCAGAAAAAAUAUCAUUAUGUAUUAUGACAAUUAGGAAAGUUCUGAUUUAUUCAUUGCAUACCAAUGUAAAAAUUGCACCAUUAUUUUCCUGCAAAGGCCUUUUUUUCCCUGAAAGAAAUAGCCAUUAAAUAUUAAUUUCUUUGCAAAACAUUUAUUUACAAAAAAUAACCAGGGAUCUCAGUAAACCAAAGCAAAUAUAGGGCUACCACACCCUAACUUUAUGCAAUAGCAGAACCACACGCUAUUGAGAUCACACCCACAGUAUUCUAACACACAACAUGACACCAGUAUGCGAGUCAGUUCACAUGAUUGCAACAGCUCAGUAUACCACCUAUCCUCUCAUUAUAUUCAGUUAUUCUUUGACCUAGAUUGAAGAAACUGGGGUUACAGCCAAAAUGUGCAGGUGGUAGCCUAUCCAAAAAGAUUAUUGCAGUAAGGGCCAGAAAACGAUUCUAAUGCAAUCCAUUCUGCAGUUUCAUCAUUACAGUAUAUUAUAUGCAGGACUGGUUGAGCCUUCCAUCUGAUGAGGGACCUUCAAAAAAUAUGGGACUCACUGCAAUACAACUUUCACUUGUAUCUCUGAGCACUGUAUAUGUUUUCUAAUGUAUAUAGCGAUAUAGGACAGUAUAUGCACUUUGAGAUUGAUGCAAGUCCUAUACAGUACAAUAUACAUGUUAAUAUAAUUAUUGUACAAUAAAGAGACAACCUAACACAAUUUAGCUUUUAUUUGUAGCUGCCUAACCAUUUCUAACAAGAUUAUUAAUGAUACUACUAAUAUUAUAUGGAAAAUCUUACUAACACUAAUUAUAAUAAUGAUUGCCAUCAGUGUGGUAUCCCGAAUGUACAAUGCCUAUGCUCAUGAAUAUCUCAAGUCAUUAUGCAAUUACUUAAUAUGCUUGUUUUAUGCUGCUAGUGCAAUAUUUGAAUGGGAAAUUUGCAGUUGGGAAUUCUUAUUUGUGGAAUUUUAAAAGGGGAGGUUUUGCUUUUUACCAAAGGCAAAGUUUGUUUCAAUAAAAUGGUGC